AGCCGUCAGCCGUUUGCGAUUCAACGUGGCCUUGGAUAGAGUCUAGAGCCAAUUCCCGUGCUGCAGGCAUGUCGAAGAGCGGAACCGUUAAGACCUGGAACGAUGAGAAAGGCUUUGGAUUCAUCGGUCCAGACGAUGACGGGGAGGAUUUGUUCUGCCACCGUUCUGCCCUCAAUGGAUGCAAGGGCCUUGGGAAGGGGGACAAGGUGCGUUUUGAAGCGGAGUACGAUGACCGGAAGGGGCAAGAUGCGGGCGGUGAACGUGUCCCUGGAAGGAGGCGGCGGCGGUGGCGGCGGUGGGGGCUACGACGACCGCCGCGACGACCGUCGCCGGGAUGACCGUCGCGACUACGACCGGCGCGAUGACCGCCGGGAUGACCGUCGCGACUACGACCGGCGCGAUGACCGCCGGGAUGACCGCUAUGGGCGGGAUGACCGUGGCGGAGGCGGAAAGGGCAAAGGCGGCAAGGGUGGUGGGGAUCGCUUCGGAGGUGACAACCGCGGGGACGACAUUAGCAACGGGGGCAACCGACACUUGACGGCCCGCGAGCUCUUCAUGAGGCAUGAGCGCGAGAAGCGCAGCAGCCGUCGCUCCCCGAGCUCCUCGCGUUCGCGCUCACCACCGCCGAGGGAACGCGGCAGCCGCGCCAACUUCAACUGACAGAAAGAAAGAUCAAUGGAUGGAACAAUAGCCGAUGUCGCAGCUCGCCGGCGCAGCUGCUGUCCGCUGUCCAGGGCCGUAAAUGACCGGUGAUAGGCAGAGAUGUGAGGGUCCACCCGAGCAAACAACUCUCCACUGCGCCAGCCAACACCAUUGGGAA